AACUCUUGUCAGGUGUCGACGGCAGACGUGGUAUUGAUACACUUACGGAGUGUGGCAAGUAGAGAGAAGGUGCUGGUGGACCUAGGUCCACGCGACCCUUCUCAGCCCUGGGUUAUGUUUGAGCCAGAAACACAUUUACAGUCUAACGUCCUCUUCCAUACGAAUUAUAAGUUGCUAGACGGGUUCUUCAACCGCACGAUGCACCACCGGAGAGAUUCAGACAUCCUAGUGCUCCACGGGUUUAUUGUGGGGCGUGGCCGGGACGCAUCCUUCCUGCCUCCAUCAUGGCGUCAAGAUCCGGUACUGUUUCCUAACAAAACCAGGAGGAAACUGGCCGUGGCGUUCGUUUCCAACUGUAAGGACAACAGUGGAAGGUUACAAUAUAUCCGAACUUUGAAGAAAUACGCCCGGGUCGAUGUGUAUGGCAGAUGCGGCGGCCAUAAGUGUGGAAGUUCUCGAUAUGCUGAGCACGCAUACAAACCUGCAACGGAUCCCUGCAUGAGGAUGGCUGGCGAUAGUUACCUGUUUUAUUUGGCGUUUGAAAACGCCUUAUGUACGCACUAUGUAACGGAGAAGCUGUACAACCUUCUUUACUAUCCACUAAUUCCGGUGGUGCUUGGGGCGGCCAACUACAGCGCCCUGAUGCCUCCUGGCUCCUAUAUCAACGCCCUGCACUACACACCCCAACAACUGGCUUACAAAAUGAAGUACCUCGCCGAUCACCCUCAGGAGUACAUGAAGAUGUUGGAGUGGAGGCGGCACUACCAACCUUCCACUGUUGGUGGAAGUAGUGUUCUGUGUGACCUCUGUGUACGACUCCACGACCCACAUUUCUACCACCACAAUACUAUCCAUGACUUCUACGGGUGGUACGUGACUCAGGCCAACUGUAACGCAACUGGUACAGUGCGUCACCAGUUUUAAGUGACUGUGAAUACCGGAAUCCACACCAGCUCACGCCUUGUUACACAGGAUGUUCGAUGGUGCUGUUUACGACCCUCUUUGUAUCCACUGGCGGCCCUUCUGUAAGACCCUCAGUGUACCCACUGGCACUCCACUGGCUGCCCUUGUAUAAGACCCUCAGUGUACCCACUGGCUGGCCUUGUAGAAGACCCACAGUGUACUCACUGGCUGGCCCUGUAUAAGACCCACAGUGUACCCAAUGGCACUCCACUGACUGCCCUUGUAUAGGACCCACACUGAACAAACUUGCACUUCACUGGCUGGCCUUGUAUAAGACCAACAAUAUACCCACUGGCACUCCAUUGGUCUCGACUUUUUGAUGUGUAGGUCAUCAUCAGUGAGGACCAACACAUCAAAAAGUCAAGACCAGCACUCAACAGCAAGUUAACACAUAAUUACAUUCUACCCACUUCAAGACCCCGUACCUACCCAGAGACAGUAGAUGCAAGAACAUACGGAUUUAAUGUCCUAUUAAUACCCAUUAUGCCAUUCAUCCACUUGUUCAUCUCAAUCACGUCUUGUUCCACCUCACCCCAAGUGAAUAUAAGCUUUGGCAGAGCAUGAAAUUUUGUGAAUGAUAAAAACAUUAAUUUUUUAAGAAACAACGCCAUCUGUUGAACGUAAAAGCAACACAUGCUAUACUAAAUAUGUUACGAUUUUGUUUCAAAGUUUCCGACUGCAUUGACAAAUUAAAUUUGUAUAAAUUUCGAUUUAUUUGCAUUU